CUUGUUUGUAAGGAUCUUUCCUUUUAGGUCAGGGAAGGACGAUGGAUCUUAGCGACUGGGAAGACGUUCCCAGCAACGGCGGCAGCGACUACGACGCCCCGAUUCGCAGCGAUCGCAUGGCUUUCUCCGAUUACAAGGCUGCCAAGAGCGGCACCGAGGUAAUCUCUCCUCGCGAUUCUAGCAGCACCACGCUUGUGCUAGUGGGCAAAACCGGCAGUGGCAAGAGCGCCACAGGGAAUUCCAUCCUCGGCGGCAAGAGAUUCAACUCCAGGAUGUCCCUUGGCUCCGUGACGCGCGUGUGCGAGCUUGGGCAGAUCACACGGCCCGAUGGACGACGCAUUCGCGUCAUCGACACUCCAGGGAUGUUUGACACCGCCCUCGAUUCCAAGUCGAUCGCGAGAGAGAUUGGCAAGUGUAUGGAUUUGGCUGGCGAUGGGCUUCACGGAAUCCUCCUCGUGCUCUCGGCCAAAUCGAAGUUCACGGAGGAGGAAUUCGCUGCCGUGGAUGCGUUUGAGAAGAUGUUUGGAUCCGGGGUCUUGAACUACGUCGUCGUCGUCUUUACGAAUGGUGACGCGCUCGAAGACGAUGGCGAUGGAACGUCACUGGAGGAGUUCUUAUCGCAGAAUGGCACUCCUGGAGCUCUCAAGGAUCUUCUCCACCGGUGUGGCGAUCGAAAGAUUUUGUUUGACAACAAAUCCAAGGACAAGAGAAAGCUGGAGGCGCAGCGGAGAGAUCUUCUCGAGAUUGUUGACACGAUGAUCACUGCCAACAGCCGCAUACCUUACACCACCGAGAUCUUCGAGCUGGCCAAGGCUCAAGAAGAAGCACGAGAGAAGAAAGAGAGCAUGGAGAAUCGACUCUCUCAGCUGGAGCAAAAUUUCCCCCAAAAGAUCAAUGAACUGCGGGAGAGCUAUGAGAAGGACAAGGCCGAGCAAGAGGAGGAGCUGGCCAAAUUGCGGGAGCUCGCGGAGGAAUCCAAGCGCAGCGCGAUAGCGGCCGAGGCCAAAAUGGAGGAGCAGUGCAAGCGUGCCGAGGAGCAGCGCAGGCACGCCGAGUCGGAGCGCGCGCGAUUCGAGCAGGAGCGCAUCAAGCUCGAGGAGGAGCGCAAGCGAUUCGAGAAGGAAUUCAAGCGCAGGGAGAAGGAAUUCGAGGAAAAGAUGAAGAACUCGCGCUGCACAAUAUUGUAAAUACAGAAAGUUUUUAGGGUU